ACGCAGCGAAGCGACGAUUCAAGGAACUGUGAAAAUUCACGCUUCCAGUGUCGCCAACAAGCGUAAACUGUAAAGACGCAGCGCCAUGCGUGACCUGACAAUGAACACGAAGGAUCCACCUAAACAGUAGUAUGACAAAACAGUAAUUUCUCGGACCUUGUCAGAGAAAGUUGUGUCCUCUGUGCAGAGCGUGCAAUUUUGGUGCAAUCUCAGUCUAAAUUCCAUAAUUCGCAACGUCCGCGAUAGUUGCAACAUAAUCGAAGACACAUCCGGGUGAAACUUGAACAUGACUUUCAAGUCCUUAAUGAACUUUGGUGGUUUCUCUGGGACGCCAUCCACAGCCAUGGAUCGUUAUCACAGUGGUCCAAGUGGAUCAUACGAUCAUGGAUACAAGCACAGUUACAAGGGCAGUGGGAAAGGAGGCAGUGGUCAUGGAAGUGGAGCUGCACUUAGUGCAUUGACCCUUCUGGCAUUUUUGUUUUUAAUAAACGUAAUGCAGCAAUCAAUGCAAGACACGAAUUCUACGACGACAGCGACAAUCUUACUGCGGGAAGAAACGGCACCACUAACUUUGUCUGCAAGAGACAAUGAAAAAUCAUCAGGAAUAAAAGUUGAUAGCAGAACUCACGUUAGUGAUGUAUUUUUGGUACCUGUUAAAACGGCUAACCAUGAUUCCAACAAUGACAAUUAAAUUGGAUGCUACUGACAAUUGAUUGGCUUUGUGUAACAAGCGUUUAAUAAAAAUGACAAAUUAAUUUAAAUGUCAUUAAAUGGCUUCGUUGGAUUUAUACAGAGUGUAUCGGUUAAGAUGCACGUUUGGAACGAGAAUUUAAACCACGAAACCGCCUACGGUAGUUCGGGAUAAGUUUACUAGGGGGCGUGGAAUUCAAAAAAUUCCGUUAGAGCCGGAAAGCGGAAGACUGACAGGGCCCUACGACCGGGAACACGCCUAUGCCGAACUCCAAAUACUUACUCCUGUAAGUUCGAAAAUCUAUGGCGAGAAACACGUGGAAUCCAAAAUGGAUAUGUAAACUUCCAAUAAUUGGCAAUAAAAAAGAUAGUACUGCAAUACGUUUUAGCCAUUGUGUCGAAAUUAUACAC